AUGUGUGACAUCAUUAACAGUGCAUUAAUUUGUAUCUAUUAUGUUCGCCAGUGGCAUAUCAAAUUCCUCUUUGUUGAGCAAUCCGUUUAUUGCCGGUACCUCUGUUCCAGUCCAGUUGCUGUUUUAGGGAAUGAUGUUGUACAUGCGCUAGCCAUCUCAGAUUCAGAAUCCGGGAAGAUAUUCAUCUACGACGGCAAAGGCGAAGAUAAAUCACUACAUGUUUUGGAUAAACUUCAUUCGAAGCCCAUAAAGCUUAUCGAAUACAACUCUCGUUUUGACUGUGUUAUUUCUGUCGAUGUUAUGGGAAUGUUGGAAUAUUGGUCCGGGCCAAAAUGCGAUUACGAAUUUCCAACUUCUGGUGGUAACCUUGACUUACAUUUCGUCUUGAAUGGAUUAGCGGCUCAACACUUUCUUCGACAAGUGCUUUCACUUGGCGCAGCUUCAGUCCUUGCCAGAAAUGAAUUAUGA